AUGCCGGUCGAGACACAUGGCGGAGAUAGAUCCAAAAUAACCUUGGAUCUGCACAUGGCCGAACUCAAACGAUUCAUGACCGAUAAUAACUAUAUGGUCAUGAUAACAGAUAAAAAUUUUGGAAUAGCCGUCAUUAGGAAAGACUGGUGCAUAAAAAGAUGUCUGUCACUGUUGUCCGACCCCGUUCAAUAUGCGGUUAACACUACUUCCACCGGACAGAUCUCGAUACUCGGUUGGACCAAACUCAAAGCUUACCGGCUUUUUGAACGGUGUCUGCAACUGGCCCAUUCGGAAUUAUUAACACAAUUUCAAGGAACAAUUUACCGAGUGCUCAAUUUGGAAGAAUUGAAUAAGCGUUGGUUGAACCGGCUUUUGAUCCGGGAUGACAAUGAUGCGGCAAUAGACCCGCUUAUAGUCCUGAAGAGCCAACUUAACCCCGUAUGGAACUAUUUUGAUGCUAAAGAAUUGCAGACAGGCAUUGUUUCCUCAUGUUCAUGCACCGGCCCCGGUUGCAAUGACCUGGUGGUGCAUGACUCAGUGUUAGUCCGCCUCGGUGAAAACCAUCCCCGUGCAGAGCAGGUUGAGGCCGGCGGGUUGGUGGCUUUGGCCGCUGAUCCAAUGGACUCCUUGUUUCUGCCUGUGGGCAGACCCCCCCAAGCGGUGUCUGAGCCCCCUGCACUGUCAUCCUCUGACUGUUGGGUCAUUGCGGAUGUGCAGAAACUCAAAUUUGCAAAUAAAUGUGCCUUGCUUGAUUGCAAAAAGCCAGAGCUUAGAGCACCGGUAGACUGGAGCACCUAUCAGAUUGAAGAUCAGAUAGUGGCGCCGUUCAAAAGCAUGGAGAUUGGCUGGGAUUGA